CCGUAAGGUGACACUACUAUCGGAUGUUUUCUUAAUCCUUAUCUCCUUUUUCCUUUAGUCUAAUAAUUUCUGCUUUCACAUUUAAAAAAAAUUGGAGCACAUGUUUUUUUCUGUAGCACUUGUUUUCAUGUUAAACAUAAAUACAUUGGUUCAUGAAUAUUGGUAACCCCAGAGGACUUAUGUAACAGGAUAUAUGACCAGAAAAACUGAUAGCAAAAGGGAAGUGAUAUCAGCAUGAUAAGAUUUCUCAGAAGACGAAACAACAACGACUUUGUCUGCGCGUAAAAAAUCCUGCUGUGUCAUCAUAGUCGCAGCGUGGGAUAUAUAUUCCCUCUUCGAUCGUCUUCUGGACAGUUACUCAAGAUCAAAAAAUGAAUAUUUCGUUCAACGGUUGCGGGUUCAUGGUUAUGUAUCAUCUUGGCGUGGUGGAGUGCUUAAGAAAUUUAUAUGUGUAGACAUGGACCGGCAGAUUUGCAUCUGAAAAAAGUGGCAGGGGCUUCGUCGGGCGUCAUCCCUGCUGUGGCUCUUUUGUGCAACAUAUCAAUAGAAAAAAUCACGGAUCAUAUUCUCAAAAUCGCUGAGUUAGCUCGCAGCCGAUUGUUUGGACCUUUUCGACCUUUCGCCCCAUACAUGAACGAUCUUAUAAGACAGGGACUUGAAGAGUAUCUUCCUAGCGACGCCCAUGUGAGAGUGAAUGGAAAGAUUCACAUCUCUGUGACACGGGUAUAUGACGGAGGAAAUAUCAUUCUAAAGAACUUUGACAGCAGAGACGAACUAAUCCAGGCUCUAACAUGCAGUUGCUAUCUCCCGUUUUUCUUUGGUUUGAUUCCUCCGAAGUUCCGCGAGGUUCACUACAUGGAUGGCGGUUUAAGCAACAAUCUUGUUGUCCUUGAUGAACACACGAUAACCGUAUCUUUCUUUAGCGGCGACUCACACAUAUGCCCCCAAGAUAAAACCAACCCAACAUCAAUUUACAAAAUCGCCAAUUUAAAAGUUGAAUUGUCCUGGACCAACGCGCAACGACUUGCUCUGUGCAUGUUUCCCCCCGACCCGGAGACUCUAUUAAAGACUUGCCAGCAGGGUUUCGACGAUGCCCGGUUGUUUCUUCAGCGAAACAAUCUGGUCGCGUGUAACCAGUGUGUUUUUUCAAUGUACCCCGUCGUGGGCAAUGAUCUUACUAAUAUUAUCAAUUGUCUGGAGUGUGAUAUCUUGAAGAACAUGCUGAAAGUUGGUGGUUUAUCAGAAGUGGUCACUAUGACCCUGGUGAGCGCCGUUACACAAGCCAACCAAGGACUGAUGAACAGGAUUUUACAACACCCGAAAAUGCGGCUAUUGACAUUUUUAAGCGUCCCCUACAUCAUACCAAUCGAUGUUGCCUUCGGUAUUUUAAUCAGGUUUGCUGAAAAUGCUUCGACAAUCUCAACAGUAGGGACAAACUUGAAAGAAUUAGUAGAUUUCAUCUCGGCGUUUAUGAAAAGAACCUCUUAAUAGUUGCAGCAUUCUGCCUUCCUUUAAUCAGCCAGCUAUUUCAUUUUUCGUUUGAUUGGGUUUAAAACUAAUAUAGCUUCGUUGUCGCUUAUAGAAUACUAACAAAUUUGCUCUCAUUAACACUUGAUGCAGUUUUUUGGGUUCUGUGUGCCGUCCUUUAUCUCAGACUCUCAGCUAACUUCGAUUGUGGUAGUUUACGCCGUUUUAUAAGAAUUUUUAAUGUAUAUGCUCUAAAAAAUAUUAUUGAUUGUUAAAUUUAAAAACAUUUAUCAGCCAUGCUUCUGUAAAUGCGUAAAAAAAGAACCGUUUUCAGUUUGCGUAUGAUUAUGAUCCAUGCUAAAAAUGUUUAAAAUAACGUUUUGUAAGUAUUUCUUUUUUUUUUAAAUGUAAUUAGCCUAUUCUUAUUAAGAUGUGAAAUUCUUGGAAUUUAAGUAAUCGAUGAUUAAGAACCUUGAAAAGUAAAAAAUGUAAGUGAGCCAGUGAGGGCGCAUCGCAUGCGGCCAUGUUGAAUAUUUAGUCUUGAACUGUGGUGACAAAGAAGAGGUAGUCGUUAAUGACAGUGAAUCUUUUCAUUAUUCCACAUUUUUAUUUUUUCUUCUUCUAGCGUUAACUGUUCUCAUUCUGGCUCGCAGAAUCAUUUGAAUACGACUAAGGAUGGCCAAUUUGGAUAAUUGUAAAUUUGUUACUCUUGUUGAAGGAAUUAAAAAACCUGUCAGUAAUAUGUAUGCUGUUGUUAGCUGUGUUGUUCAAGAGCCGAAAAUAACCCGUAGAAAUACCCUUCAUGGAAUCUGCAUUUUAGUUGAUCCUUCAUGUUAUGAAGGUUCUGUUCAGCGUGAAGAAUUCUGUAUUCAAUUUUUUACUCCCUUCAAUAGCUCUGCACCCAUAAUAGAAUGUGGUGAUGUUUUGGUUCUUCGAGGAAUAACAAAGCAGCAAAGCCUUAGAAAUCCUGAAAAAAGUGAAUUUCUUCUCAGAAGUGACACAAAUAACAUGAUGGUGGUGUUUCCAAAUGGAAAGAGAGAUUUAGUGCGAGUAGGCAGUGGCUUGGGCCCAGUCCCUAAAAACAUAACUCCGGAUAACUUAUGGUGUAUUGAAUCCCUCAGUAAUUGGCAUAACAAAAUCUGUAUGGCUCCUUGCAUUCUGACUUCAGUUAAGUCACCAGCCAUGUCCUCUCCAGUCAACUGGUCCACAAAACUAAAACAACAAUUAGCAGAAUUGGAUGUGUACUCCUCAAGACUAAGACUGGAACAACAGCCUUUAGCCAGCUCUUUUCUUUCUGAAACGGCAACAAAAUUAAGGGAACUCAUCAACUCAGAGACAUUUCCGAAACACUGUCAGGACGACCGUGAAAGUGAGUUGGGAAGUUCUUCGAAAAAAAUCAAAAGAGGCUCUAUAUAGCUUGGCGGCGAAACACAACAACAUUUUACAUCUCUUUGAUCUGAUAAUGCUACUAGUAAUUUGCCAGUCAUCGGACAUCAUCGGACAUACUAUACUAAAAGUUUGGCCUAUGAAAUUCAUAAAACAAAGGUUACUGCAUCCCUUUCUGUAAUUGUCGAUUAGCAUAAAGUGGGUGAUGAUUAACCUCGUUUUAUAUCAACAGAAAAUAUUUGUUGUCCGGUCUCAUCCAAUCCAUGCUUGGAAUAUACCGUUGCGUUGCCCCUACGUAUUCCAGUUCAACUUUUAGGUAUGGAUUUUUGUUGUUUUAACCCUUAGAGUAGGUAUGUUAUUUCUUAUUUUGCUAAAAAAUUAAGGCGUUAUCGACAGAUGGGAUUAAAACAAGACCAAAGUUUAUUUUAUUUAUCACACAAAUGUAUUAUUCAAUUGAUUUCUUAGUUCCAUCAGCGAAGCAAAUGGUAACUAAAACAACUGUUCAGAACAUCCCAAAACAUAUAAUAAUUACUUUUUACUUGUGCUGUUAUUAAUCUUCAAAAGCUUCAAUUUUGCCGUAAAAAUCCUUUUCCUGUUUGUUUUAUCUCAAGGUUAGUCUAAAUCUCAAGUAAAUGAAAUCGCGUGCAAGAAUGAAACAACAUUUAAAUAUAAGUACACAGCAAUAACACGUUGAAGGGAAGACUGAAAGCUUACUAAAGAAAAAUUAUGCCCCGAGGAAGUCGACAAUGUUGGCGAAUUAGGUGGGGAUGAUAUUAUUAGUUCAUCUUGUCGUUUUAUGAAAAUGCGUAUUGCAGAUGUCUUAGUCACUUGAACUACAGUUGGAGGAGUAGAAACGGUUUGUUUCUGUAACUGGACAGGGGGCAGCAUUAACUCUUUUGACCGGUUGCAAACAAACAGGUUUUCCAUUUGUGAUUAAUUCCAAAUGUUCAAGGAAACUAUUUGGGCGUUUGGGUUGAGAUUGAGAGUGGAAAGACCGUGUGAGAUUUUGAAAAUCUGUCUUUGGUUCUUCUACGGAUGGAACUAUAGCAGUUUGGCUGGCGACUGACAAAGAACAUGACGCCGAUUCUGAGCGACUAUAAACAGCAGGAGCUGAAUAGUUAUUGUGCUGCUCCUCGAUGUUAGACUCUCCAAUGCGAAGAGCAGAGACAGCAGCAGCUGCAGCAGCUGCUGUGAUGGUUGGACUAACUGGACGACAAUUAAUCCUCGAAGCAUCUAUUCGAAUUUUCAAAUGUGACAUCAGUGUCGGAAGGGUAGGCCUAUUCUAGAAUUUUUACCGUGUUCCACUGUAGCGCAGGUGUUAGAAUACUCAAUUUUUAUCGAUGAGAUAUCUGAUAAGACGAGAGUAGUACCGAGUGGAAGGUAAAUUGGUGCAGUGAGAGGUAGGUCCAGAGGCAGAGUUGUUUCUUUCAAGUCUACUCCAAGUUUGUGGAGAUUCUUCUGAAGUUUUUCUUGGCGGAUCCUAAGUGCUUGGUCCUUUUUAAAUUUACGCCGCCGUUUUUCUUCUUGGGCCUUGAGCGCUUUUUUCUUAUUGGCGUUUCGUCGAAGUUUGCUUGUUUGAGCUCGAAAUUUCUUCUUCGUAUCAACAGAGAGUUUCGCUGUUUUGGCAUUCUUAGAAGAAAAAAAAAUAUUGUAAUUGUAGAUCAAAAUUGUAAUCAAACGAUCAACUAAAUGACGCGCAUUUCCUGAUAAUUACCGAAAGUCUGUAUGAUUUUGGAUUAGCCUUACGCACAAUCUCCUGGCUACCAACUCCAAUGAGAUCUCUAAAGAACGUAAAAUGUUCUAAUGUAAGCCUGCUGCUUAUUUCAUUCACUAACAAAAUAAAAUUGUUUGAUUGAUUAAAAUGUAAAAUGUAAAUGAAAUUAGUUUUAUAUGUACUUACAAUGGUUUGAUAUCUCUGGUCCUGACCGAAGUUUUUUUCCUUCUGGUGAAUGGUAGUAGACAUCACAAAGUAUUUUUGAAUUAGAGUUCGUACGAUAGACAAUCUCGCGUUUCCAUCCUGAAAAUCGAUUUGAACAGUGAAAGAUACCUCAACUGGAUCUGCUAAAAAUUUGACAUACCUUCCUUAAAAGGUUCUUUUAACAGCGGCGAUGUAACAUUACUUGCAGUUAGUUUUUGUCUCUUCUUUGAUGUCUAAAAGCAAAAAGCAUAACAUAUGAAAUUAUAAUGUGAAAUUAAUUUAAUGCUCCAUUACUUUAGAAGGUUUUGGUUGAAUCGAAUUUGAUUGCUCUGGUGAAUUGGCAUUUUCUACCCGUGCUGAAGAAUUUCUGAGUUGUGGGAUGGACUCAACAGCAUUUAACCCAUGCUUCUCUUUAAGGUGUUUAUUAAAAUGGAUUUUCAAAACCACACAUUUAUUUCCUUUGAAAAAAACCCCACAGAUUUUGCACUUGCUUUUUCCAAUUUUGUCAUUGAAUUCGAAAAACUUUUGAAUCUUAUUGUCUCUUUCAUUACAUUUAGACAACAUGGUAACAUAUUCCUUUGAAUGUUUUUCCCUCAAAUGAUAUUUUAGAUUGGUAAUGUUCUUUCCUUUAAUGGCUACGCCACAGCCACUUGUAAGACAAGUACUUCUCCCUUCACUGAAAGCAAAGUAACAGUGGACUGGAUCAAGGAUAUUAAUCAUUUCAAAUGCCAUCUAGAAACUUCUUAUCUGCAUCCCGAGAUUUGGACACCUUCCACAAAAGCACACUGUAUGCUAAAUAUAUGUAUUCAAAACGCGUCAACGUGUCCUCCGUUCAAACAAACUAAACAUGAGUAAAACGAAAGUUAUGUUGCCAACUUGCCAUUGCAAAUCAUCAAACUUAACACAAAAGCAAACAAAUAUCAACAAAAAUUGAAAUCAUAAAGCACAUACUUUUAUGAUAUUUUUUCACAUAUUAUUUAUUUAAUCUAAUUUAUUAAAAUUAGUUAGAUGAGCUAGACUGUCACUAGGUGGCUAAAUAUUUUAGUGUGUUUAGGGAUUGAACUAUUCAGCUCUAGUGUGUUGGUUUCUAGAGCGAUGUAGGGGGGUGGGUCAUCAAACUGCCAAAGUGCUGAGACGACUGACGAAACAGUCUUUCUUUUGCUGUCGAGACGCUGUCCGAGAAGGUUUGAAUUUCAUGGCUGGGUACUUUCUUACGUGACAUUUCUGAUCCUAGACAUGGAUUUCUUGGUUUAGUUGUUGGAGCUGCCAAUGGUGUUGAUGCAGCGUACAUGGUGUGAGCAGUGGUUUUCCAGUCAUUUUCCAGUUGAGAUGUCUUGAAAUAGAGCUUGUGCAGACACUCAGUUCAACAUCAUAUUUCAAUGUGAUAUUUACCUAAUGUUGGUGUUCUUGCAGUGUUGAAUGGUUGUGCAAAAUAGUUGAUGUUGCCUGGUGGCUGUCGGACAUGUUUUAUCGGCUGCCUUUUGUCAAUGUGUCGUCUCGUCUCUUGCCACCUGUACACACGUUAAGUUCAAUCGUACGCCACCGUUCCAGACUUGAUCCAUUGGUGAAGCCGAAAAGAGGUUGCUGAAAUUCAAGACUGAAAAAUUAAUUAGACUGGACAAUUUACAAAUGCAUAUCUGUUGUCCCUUUUCCCUGAGUAAACAGCAUGUCCGCCGUUGGUUAUUCGUCUGGUCGAAAGGGAAAUAGCAAUGAGAAGUUCUGAUGUAUUUUUGGAGAAAGACUUGUUUGAUCACGAAGUAAUUCUCCCUUGUGUUUCGCGAUCAACUGUACCACCUUUAUAUAACGUUUCAACUUGUUCGCUCUUCACAUGUAUAUGACAAAUAUCAAUACUAUUACUUCGCUAACAAUAAAAUAUGAAAUCAAA